AUGUAAUAUAAAAAGAAAAACCCUUAUAUAUAAUUUGAUCAAUCAAUUGAAUAAUUUAGACUGACAGAUGAUGAAAUGUAUGUUACUGCUAUUCUAACUAAAAGGCCUAUUUAUAAACUCUAAAAUACACAAUAAACAACUAAUUGUAUUAUUAACAUGAUAAAAAAUAAUGAAAUAAAGAAAAGACAAUAGAUAGAUAUUUAAAAAGAAUAAUCAUCUACAACAAAAAAACCAUUUAAUCAGCAUUUUUAAAAUUAUGAUUCUUAAAUCUUUCCUUAAAUUAACAAUAAAUAAAACCAUUUACCUAACUUUUUGGAAUUAUCUAAACUUAUAAAAUUAGCGGAAACUCCAAGAAUCUCUAAUCGAAUUAAAAUUAGAUCUUCAAGUAAUGAUAAAAGAUUAAAUUUUCAUAAAAGUUGCUCAAAUAGAAGAUUAUAAAUUAAUUUUUCAAACAUAGAGGAACAGUUUUAAGAAACUAAGAACUUAAUAAAAAAAUUUGAUAGAAUCAAAAGAAAAAAAGUGAGAUUUGAUAUUUCUACUUGA